AUGCCUACGCCGGUUGCCAAAGGCAUUAUCAUCACCGUGUCGGCGCUUGUCGCUGCAGGUAUCGCGGUUUACGAAUCGCCCCAGUUCCGACAAUGGGUUAAUACCUCACGACGGAAGAUCGCCCUGGCGCUCCACCAUCUCGGCGAUGAGAUCCAUCCACAAGACGCAGCCGCUCUACGGCAGGAUAUCUCGAUGACGGAAGAGGUGGGCGCUGCGGCUGAGGAGCGACGGCGGUUAGCGGUGGAAGAGCUUCAGCGGCGACGCAGCGUGCUCGAAGCCCGUCGCAAGACUAGAGACGGAGCCCCAGCAAGCAGCUUUGACGCUCUGGUGGAUGAUAGUGGCCGGCUUUUGGAUAGUCCAGAGCCUCCGGUGAAUGAUUCAAUGGCGAACUCGACGGCGGUGGAAGUAACGACGUCGCAGCCUGUUCAACGCGGCAAGCAGACUGGAACGUCCACUCCUAUGGCUGAAAUCGAUGGCUCAAACAACAUCGGGAGUCGCCUACAGAUUGCAAUUCCGUCCCCUGGCUCUCAUACCCCGUCGCUUGUUGAGUUCACACCAACGUCGGAAGCACCGGAAAGGCUUGCGACCUCAUUCCAUUCCCAGUUUGGUGAGGACGAACACCUUGUAGGAUCGGAUAGCUACCAUCGUCCCGACACACCUGCAUCUAGCCACACCGAAGAUUAUUCUCAGGUUAUCUAUGCUCAUCCGGAGGAUCAAGCUGUCAAUGGCACUGGGCGGGACCUGAGGUCUCCGUUUUCAGACCUAUCCGACCUACACUCCGAGGGUCAUCACGUUGAGCGUCCAUCUACACCGUCUACUGCCGGUAGCUUCAGCCAAAUCUAUGAGUCUGCAGGGGAUGGGUCUGAAGGCACGCUAAGCGACUUUGAGCGCUCCGGUGCAGCUACUCCGGCUAGCUGGUCCGAGAUUGGCAGCGUUAUUAGCAACGACGAGCAGCAUCAUCAUUUGUAG